GCCGGUGUUAUGUCGAUUUGUGCUACCUUGUUAUACCGUGCUACCCUAGUGUAUACUUAAAGGUGAAAAUACCAAAAAAUAAAUCGCUGUAUCAGGGUAUAGUUACAUAAAGUAAUAUAGGUUUUUCUUAGAUUUUUCUUAUAUUAAUAUAGUUUUACACGGCUCGAAGACUCAUGCAAACAGUGACAGUGAGCUCUGAUUUUAUAAUAAUAUAAUAUAUAAUCCACAGGACAAAAAAACAUUAUUAUUAAAAUUAUCAGGAAAAACUGUAAAACAUGAAAACUUCAAAAAUGAGAGGUUACGCAUGCGCAGAUUCUCUAAGUAGCACAUAUCGACGGGUAGCACAACUGAACAGAACACCGGUAAACGGGUGGAAUCGUGUGGAAGUGGCCCAGCGGCCGUUGUGCUGUCCGCUGUUGCCCGGCCAGUUCAGCCGCAGCUCCCGGUUACUGCCAGCCCGCUCCCCCCGGCCGCCAUGGAUCCGAACCGCAUCAUACAGGCCUUAAAAGGCACCAUAGACCCGAACCUGCGGAUAGCGGCGGAGAAUGAGCUCAACCAGUCCUACAAGAUCAUCAACUUCGCUCCAACUCUGCUGCAGAUCAUCGUGUCGGAGCAGGUGGAGUUUCCUGUGCGGCAGGCAGCUGCCAUUUACCUGAAGAACAUGGUGAGUCAGUACUGGCAGGACAGGGAGCCCACUCUGGGGGAGGUGGUGUUCCCCUUCAACAUCCAUGAGAACGAUCGAGGCCAGAUCCGGGAGAACAUGGUGGAGGCCAUUAUUCAGUGUCCGGAGUCCAUACGGGCUCAGCUGACUGUCUGCUUGCGUGCCAUCAUUAAGCACGAUUUCCCGGGCCGCUGGACUGGCAUUGUGGAUAAGAUCAGCUUAUACCUGCAGUCCCAGAACAGUGGGAGCUGGUAUGGAAGUCUGCUCGCACUCUAUCAGCUGGUUAAGACCUAUGAGUUCAGGAAGGCGGAGGAGAGAGCUCCACUGCUGGCUGCCAUGCAGCUGUUUCUGCCCCGUAUCCAGCAGCUCAUCACCCAGCUCAUGCUCGACGCCACAGUCUUCUCUGUGCUCAUCCAGAAACAGAUCCUCAAGAUAUUCUAUGCCCUUGUGCAGUAUUCCCUGCCUCUUCAGCUGCUCAGUAACACAGUUAUGACCCAGUGGAUGGAGAUCCUGAGAGCAGUCGUGGAUCGAGAUGUUCCUCCAGAGACUCUGGAGGUGGAUGAAGACGAUCGGCCGGAGUUGGUUUGGUGGAAGUGCAAGAAGUGGGCUCUACACAUCAUCACCAGACUGUUUGAGAGGUAUGGAAGCCCUGGCAAUGUGACGAAGGAAUACUUUGAGUUUGCUGAUUUCUUUCUGAAGACAUACGCAGUUGGAAUUCAGCAGGUGCUGUUAAAGGUGGUCGAUCAGCACAGGCAGAAGCAGUAUGUAAGUCCACGUGUGCUGCAGCAAACUCUGAACUACCUGACGCAGGCCAUCUCUCACUCUAUCACGUGGAAACAGAUGAAGCCUCACAUGCAGACAAUAACUCAGGAGGUGGUGUUCCCUCUCAUGUGUUAUAAGGAUGAGGAUGAGAAGCUGUGGCAGGAAGAUCCAUACGAGUACAUUCGCAUGAAGUUUAAUAUGUUUGAUGACCAUGUGUUCCCCGCUACUGCUGCCCAGACUUUACUGUGCAAAGCUUCCAGGUUGAGGAAAGAAGUCCUUCCUCAGAUGAUGGAAUUCUGCCAUCAGAUUUUAAUGGACCCCAAUGCUGACCCUCGCAGGAAGGAUGGAGCACUGCACGUGAUUGGUGCCUUAGCUGACCCGUUAUUAAAGAAGCGAAUAUACAGAGAUCAGAUGGAACUCAUGCUACAGAAUUAUGUAUUUCCUCUGCUCAACUCGAACCUGGGCUACCUGCGGGCCAGGUCUUGCUGGGUUCUGCACUGUUUCAGCCCUCUGAAGUUCCAUAAUGAGCUGGUCCUAAGAAAUGCUGUAGAGUUGGUCAAACAAGAUCUCAUCGCUGACCAGGAGAUGCCUGUAAAAGUGGAGGCAGCCAUCGCCCUGCAGACUCUAGUCAGCAACCAGGAGCAAGCAAAGAUCUAUAUCAGACCGUUCAUCAGGCCAGUGAUGCAGGAGCUGCUGCAUGUUAUCAAAGAAACAGAGAACGAUGAUCUCACAAGUGUCAUUCAGAAGAUGAUCUGCGAAUAUAAUCAAGAAGUGGCAGUGAUUGCAGUGGACAUGACUCAGAACCUGGCAGAGAUCUUCAGCAAGGUUCUGCAGAGUGAGGAGUACGAGGAGAGUGAAGAUAAGACCGUGAUGGCCCUGGGUAUCCUCAGCACCAUAGACACCAUUCUCACCGUCAUGGAGGACCACAAAGAGAUCACUCAGCAGCUGGAGGGAAUCUGCCUGCAGGUGAUUGGUCUUGUGCUCCAGAAGCCCAUCAUAGGUAUGGCAGAGUUUUACGAGGAGAUUCUGUCACUGGCGUUUGGACUCACCUGCCAGACCAUCUCCCCUCAGAUGUGGCAGCUGCUGGGUGUUCUUUAUGAUGUCUUCCAGCAUGACUGUUUCGACUACUUCACGGAUAUGAUGCCUCUCCUGCACAACUAUGUAACUGUGGACACAGACACACUCCUUACCAAUCCCAAACACCUGGAGGUCAUUUACACCAUGUGCAAAAAGGUCUUAACAAGUGAUGCAGGGGAGGAUGCAGAGUGCCAUGCUGCCAAGCUGCUGGAGGUCAUCAUCUUGCAGUGCCGGGGCCGGGGCAUUGACCAGUGUAUCCCACUGUUUGUGGAAGCGGUGCUGGAGCGUCUGACGCGGGGUGUGAAGUCCACAGAGCUGCGCACCAUGUGUCUGCAGGUGGCCAUCGCCGCGCUGUACUACAGCCCCUCACUGCUGAUGCACACGCUGGAGAACAUCCGCUUCCCCCACAGCCCCGAGCCAAUCACCGCCCAGUUCAUCAACCAGUGGAUGAACGACACGGAGUUCUUCCUCGGGCUGCACGACCGCAAGAUGUGCAUCAUAGGCCUUAGUCUGCUCAUGGAGCUCUCCAGCAGGCCGGCGGUUCUGGAAGGAGUGGUGGGUCAGAUCAUCCCAUCCAUCCUGCUUCUUUUCUUGGGCCUCAAGCACAUCUACGCCUCUCGGGUCCUUAACAAACCUGAGGAGCUAUCCAGGGCGCAGGGCGCUGAGGAGGACGAGAAUGAGGAAAUUCCAAGUGAUGAAGACGAGGUGAGAGAGAAGAGUUCCAGCAUGCAGUCAGCGAUUGCCUGCACUGGCAACGGCAACGAAGAUGACGAAGAUGAUGACGACGACGACGAUGAUUACUGGGGGGAUGAAGGUCUGGAGGGCACUGCCUUGGAGGAAUACAGCACACCGCUGGACUACGACAACGGAGAAGACGAGUAUCAGUUCUUUUCUGCCUCUCUUCUUCGAGUGCAGAGCUCAGAUGCGAGCUGGUACCAGUCUCUGACACAGUCUCUGAGCGAUGAUCAGAAGAAACAGCUGCAGGAGAUCUACAGCCUGGCCCAGCAGAGGAGGAGUGCAGCAGGGAAAGGCCUGUGAGAUCUGCUGGGCUCUGUGUGGGAGGCGCCACAGUGGUUGGAUGGAGAAAAGACUGUAAAGACUGUAGGUUUGGAUCUGUGAUUUGUUUUAACCCUGGAACCAGCCACCAUUUUACACAGAUGCACCUGAAUAAAGAAUUGCCACCGGAGAGAGCCAUUUCACCCAGGACAAGAGGGGGGUUUCGGGGAGGCAGGGAGAACGAGCCAUGACCCAAAGCAGGCUCUCCGGAUCCAGAAUGGUAGAAGGACCACUGAGACACUUCACUGAUUGGACAGAGAGGCCUUGUGUUCCAGUGAGGCUGAAGAGGCUGCUCUGGGUCUACCACAGCCUGACUCUAGAAACACCAGUUAUGAAUUGGGGUGCGUGAACGAGUGAGCGAGUGAGUGAUGGAUUGAGCGAGCGAGCAAGAGAGAGAGAAGUGUGUGUGUGUGGGUGUGUGUUUGUGUGACAGUAUCAGCUGUGUGUGUGUGUGUGCAGCUAAACCAUUUCCUUAUUGUUUGCUGAUACUCCUCACCUCUUCCUCCUAUCCUGAACCAGAGUCCAGAGUGUAAUAAGAGCUGCGUAAAGCCCAUAGAGACACACACACACACACACAACAGACAACCUGUCUCACAGGCUCAGAGAGUCCUAGAUGGACAGACAGACAGAUGCAGAUAAAGAAGAUCUCUGCUGGUUUUGCUGGAAAUGUUCUGGGCCUUCAGUGUUUUGUAGGUGUGUUCCUGUCUAGCUCGUGAUCUACACACUGGGAUGACUGUGCUCUAUAUUUGUUACAUGUUUGUAUGUUUGAUUUUGUUUUUUUGUAACAGUACAUUUUGAGAAUUAACUUAAGUCAUAAAAAUUAGUCCAACACUA